AUGUUGCACGCGCAACUCAUCGGCUACGGCUGGGCAUUCUCCGCCGCCAUCGGGAACGGCAUUCAAGAUAACCUCCGGAAAUACGCCACGAAAUCGAUCAAAAACCCACUGCACGUGGUCGCCAUGAUGGAAAUGUUAAACUGCGUGACGUUGUUCCUGUUUGUGUUUUGUACCGGACAAGGCGAGUUAAUAUUCGGGAAGCGAAAGCCACUGUUUCGACAGAAAAACGAAUCAUCGAGGAGUUACAGCUAUGAAAACGACGACGACCAAAUCGCGCGCACGCAUUUAAUCGUGCUCGCGUCGAUAUCUGCGCUGAUUAAAUGCGUCGGGUCGGUUGCGUUUCAGAGAGCGUUACAGUUGACGCCGAUAAGUUUGUGCGCGCCGUACAUGGCGUUUACGCCUUUGUGGUUGCUCGGUCUGUCGUUCUUUAUCGUGCACGAAAUUCCGAGCGCGAGAGGAGUGUUUGGGGUGGUUGUCAUGACGGGAGGCGCGUACGGGUUGAACAGUGCCGCUGCCGGGAGUGGAGGAGGGGCGGCGGCGGGGGCGACGACGACGGCGUCGGGGGCGUCGACGUUAGCGGAGUUAGAGGUAGGAAUAGACGAGAGGAAAUAUCAUCGCGAGGGAGGUGCGAAGAGUCGGAGUAGCGGUUUUAGCGGGAAUAGGAGCGGUAGCGACGGUAGUAUGCUGAUGGUUGAGAAUAGUACUAAUAGCGGGGCGGGCAACGAUGCUGGUAAUAUCGUAAAAAAAGAUGGCGUGGUGAGAACAAUUCGCCGAGCCGUUCGGGAGUCGUUGGGAAAACAGGCGUCGGCGUUGAGAAAACAACCGGGAAGUUUAAUCGCAUUUGGCGUCGCUGGUUUGUGGGGGUUAACGAGCGAUAUCGAUAAGCUCGGGAAGAACGCAUCAGCUCAUGCUGGUGGAUUUAUCGUGUACGUGACGCUGCAGAGGAUUUUUAUGGCCGCGCCGUUGGGAAUGAUUACGGCGGCGUUAAAUCCGGAGGCGUUUGGGUACUUGAAAAAUCCAAAAACGCUUUCGAUUAUAUUCGGCAUGGGUUUAUGCGAGUUGUAUACCGUGGUUGCGUACUUGCAUAGUUUAGAGCAUUUGUUUACGAGUUACGCGGUAGCAGCAAAGAGGAGCGGGAUCUUAUUGUCCGUGCUAGGUGGAGCCAUUAUGUUUAAAGAACCGAUUGGGGAUCGAUUGCCGUAUGUUUUCGUGAUUAUCAUAGGCAUGAUGUGCAUCAUUCUCGCCGACGAAUAUUAG